AUGGGUGUAGGGACCCUUGGGCCGCUUGCUCCAUGGGCAGGAAAUGCUCCACCAAUGACAAUUCUAUCCACGUUCUGGUCGAGAGGUGGUACCGAGGAUGGAGAUCCAGUAGAUCAAAACGUGACCACGAAUCGAUGGCCUCUGAAAUUCCCUGAAUUCACUACGUGUACAGAUGGCCUUCCACCGCCAGUACUCCUAUCUAGCACGCCCGCGCGGCUGUAUAGAAAUCUCGACAAGUCUGCCCACACACGUGACCCAGAUUCCGAACCGCCUUGUGCAAAUGCUGCCGCGGCUGGCUUGUGCUUGGUCGCUGCUAUGCUUAUUACGCGCACAGUCGUAGGCGUCUUUGACGACGAUGCAGUGCAGUACAUCUUCUCUCAUGCUCAGCAACUCUCGCUUGAGGGCGACGUGGUUCACUCGUCGGAUGACCUGUCUGGGGGUUUCGUCUGA